AUGACACUGCGCCGUGUACGUUUUGUUCCUGUUUCACUCACAGGAAUCCUUCGCCGUAGUGGCCGCUACUGCAGCACUUCUUCUUCAACACCAACCACAACCACUUCGACUUCAGCAGCAACGACACUGUGGAGUGUGGAUUCCGCUGCAACGAGGGAGAAGAAGUCUCUCGCUAGCGUAGAGGAUAUGUUUGGACAAGUAGAGAGUGAAGAGAGCAACACAAUGAACUCUGCUGAGGCCGCAGCCCGCCUCACGAGCAGCACACAUGCUGUGGAUGAGGCAUUAUUUGAUUGGGAAGAUGAGACCAGCAGUGUCGCUGAGGGUCUGCGGGAUUUGUGUUUGGAAAGUGUCAUGAACGCUGCGCUGGGGGAAUUACACACUGCGGAUGAGAUCGCAGGCGUGAGUGAGAUCAGUAAAGGCAUCAGUCAUAGUGGGAAUAGAACCAGUAAUCUUAUUGCUAAUGGUGAUAGUGAUAGUGAUAGUGUUGAUGAUGAUAAGGAGGAUGAUAGUGAAGAGGCCGAUGAUGGUGGAGGAACUAUCAUGGGGCGCACAGAUGAUGUUGGCAUGAAUGAUGAAAGUACAACCACCAGAGCAGCAGCAGCAGCAGCAGGAAUGGGAUCUAAACUAGAUGCGGUGAAUGUUGAGUAUGAUAAUGAUGAGGAGGACGCAUCAAGUCUUCUCAUUGAGGAAGAAGAAGAACAGGUGGAAGAGUUGCUUCGGGCAGCUCAAACCUCUGAGACGGCUUCGGCUCUUUUCUUUAAGGACCAAAAGCAUAAAAAGACUUCUGCAAAAACAACAACAACAGCAACAGCAAAAACAUCAGCAGCAGCAGUAGCAUCAGCAUUUGAUGAUGCUGCAGCAGAGGGAGCAGAGUUGGAAUCUGUGGGUGAAGUGAUGCCAUCACCGCAGCGCGUAUGA